AUGCUCGAAUACAUAUAUAUCUGCCGACAUGGAUUCAGAUCAAAUUGGGUAGAUCCAAAUAUUAAGACUUCACCCACUGGGAUGAACCGGGAUCCACCUCUCGCAGUUUAUGGUCACGAACAAUCCCAAAUCCUCUCUUCUUUCCUCUCAGAUCCAAGUAAAACAGCUCCGUAUCCUACGCCAGAAUUAGUAUUUUCAAGUCCGUUUUAUAGAUGUAUAGAAACUGCUUUGCCUACCGCCAAAGCUCUGGGGAUAGCUGGCGAGGAAGGUAAAGAUGGUGUGAAACUAGAGCAUGGUGUGAUGGAAUGGUAUUCUCCCGUGAUACCGUCAACUGGCUUGCAUCCUCGACCUUCUAAACCUAAUUCCCUCAUCCCCUUUUUCCCUCCUAAUUCCAUUGACCCUUCAUAUUGUUCAACAGUCUUCCCUUCGCGUCGAGGAGAAUCUUUGAAAGAUUUACAUGAGCGAGCUGAGAUAUUCAUCGAAGCUUGGACUGGUAAAGUGGAAUCUACAUGGCCGGAGGUGAAGAGCGUGGUGAUCUUUGCUCAUGCCGCUAGUCUUAUUGCUUUAGGUAGGGCUCUUACAGGGAAUAAAGAACUCAGUGUGACAGCCGGAUGUGCUUCUACAUCAUUGUAUAAACGUAAAUUACCUAUCGGACCAACUGAAAGUUUCGAAUCAACAUUACCAUCACAUCGGCAACCUUACGACUCGAGACCUUCCUCCUCGUUAAAUACACCGUUCUUGACCGCAUUGGCACCUGCUUCACCUGCUUUUGGCAGUUUAAGUGGUAUAGCUACGCCACCUGCUUUUGCACCUCUAUCAAGACCGCCUUCGCCGCCACUCAGAUCCGGCAUCCAACCUUGCGGUGUCGGAGAAUGGGAUAUCAUCUGGAAUGGUAAAGCUGAUUACCUCCCCAAUGGUUUGGAAAGAAAUUGGAGUUUCAAAGAUGUCGUUCUCAAGGAAGACGGUGAAGUCAUUAAUGAUAAGGGUGACGGAGAAGGUCAUGAAGUAGAUGAUGAGUGGCCCGAAGGAUUAGCAGAAGGUGCAGAAGAAUGGUUGAGACGAGGCAGACCUCCAUUUGGUAAUAAUAUCAAGAAAUCCGGAGUCGGUUUAGGUAUCAAUUCGAGGAUGUGA